AUGCCAUGCAACUACCAUCUUCACAAGGAUUGCGCGUUGGCCACGCCAUACACCUUCCACCCUUUCUUUGAGGACUGUAACUUCAAAUUCUUCACACGCCCGCCAGGCAAGCUCGAGAGAUGCUGCGACGCGUGCGGUAGGAACGUGCAAGGGUUCGUCUACCACUGCGAGAAAUGCGGGAACGACUUACACCCAUGUUGCGCACAGCUCCCACGUGUGAUAGGAGACGACAAGAUGAAGCUACAUCUCCACCACAAGGUCAAGUCCAACUGCCACAGGUGUGGUUGGAUGAAGGUUAGAAAAAAAGAGAGAUCUUGGUCUUAUGUGUCCACGAGCAAAGAAUACUGUUUUCAUGUGUCGUGUGUGAAGGAUAUGUUGGUGGAGGAAUGGGAGAAGGAGUAUUUUGGUCAUGAUCAUGAAGAGGUUGGGAAGAAUGGUCUUGCAUUACAGAUCAAGGUUCCAAAGCUCCAAUUGUCAGUUCCCAAUAAUAAGGGUGCAAAUGGGAAAUUUAACAAGUAUUGGAAUAUUAUAAAAGUAGCCAUCCAGGUAAUCAUCUCUAUCCUUGUUGGAGAUCCAACGGCUUUGGUUGGUGGUCUCAUCACAUCUGUCAUCACAUCUGCCUUCUCGCCGUGA